UGCCUCACAUGUAGUUGUCUCUCUUGUGAAAAACUAUCCAAACUAUCUGAUUAUAAAUCUAGAUAAGCUCGACUACUGUGCAAGCUUGAAGAAUCUUGAAACUGUCUCUGAGAAGGAAAACUACAAGUUUAUCCAGGGAGAUAUUUGUGAACCUGAUUUUAUAAAACAGCUCUUCCAGACUGAGAAAAUAGAUAUAGUCCUUCAUUUUGCAGCCCAAACACAUGUAGAUCUUUCAUUUCGGCAUGCCCUGGAGUUCAGCUAUGUGAAUGUUUAUGGCACUAAUGUACUGGUUGCUGCUGCGCAUGAAGCCAACGUGGAGAAGUUUGUCUAUGUCAGCACAGAUGAAGUAUAUGGAGGAAGCACUGAUGAGGAGUUUGAUGAAUCCUCACCAAAAUGUCCAACAAAUCCCUAUGCCUCCUCUAAAGCAGCUGCAGAGUGUUUUGUCCAGUUUUACUGGGAAAAAUACCACUUCCCAGCUGUUAUCACACGGACCAGUAAUGUUUACGGACCACACCAGUAUCCAGAAAAAGUUAUUCCAAAGUUUAUAUCUUUGUUGCAACAGAACAGAAAAUGCUGUAUUCAUGGGUCUGGACUUCAAAGAAGGAAUUUUCUUUAUGCAACUGAUGUGGUAGAAGCAUUCCUUAUUGUCCUGAAGGAGGGGAAGCCAGGUGAAAUUUAUAACAUUGGAACUAACUUUGAGAUGUCCAUUGCCCAGCUUGCAAAGGAGUUAAUCCAUUUAAUAAAGGAGACCAGUUCGGAAUCUGAAAUAGAGCGCUGGAUGGAUUAUGUCAAAGACAGACCUACCAAUGACCUGAGAUACCCAAUGAAUUCAGAAAAAAUGCACAACUUAGGAUGGAAACCUAAAGUGCCUUGGAAAGAAGGAAUAAAGAAAACAAUCGAAUGGUACAAAGAAAACUUUCACAACUGGAAGAAUUCGGAGAAAGCUUUGGAGCCCUUUCCUGUGAGAGAGCCAUUUGCACAUCUCAGUGGCCCAUAGAGUGGUGGAGCAUCUGAAGGAUUUUAUUCUACCUCAUACAGUCUUUUCUUCAAUCAAGUGGCCACACUGAACUCUUACUGUAUUCAAGAUACAUGAACCAUGAUGAAUACAGAACU